CUAUAAAGUAGCAGUUGCCUUAGGUGCUUCUUUCAAUUUGUCUGUUUCGAAUUUCAGUAAUUUUUCCCAGCCAAGAAAAUAUGUCGAUGCACACAGAGGAGCUGGGACGCCUUUUGGCUGUGAUUGGCGAUGAGGACACGUGUGUCGGCUUUAUGCUUGGUGGCAUUGGAGAAGUUGACGAGGAUCGUGAGACCAAUUUCAUGGUCGUGGAAAGGGACACCACUUCCGACCAGAUCGAAGAGUGUUUCAAAAAGUUCCUUAAACGACCGGACAUUGCCAUCAUCCUGAUCAACCAGGUUUACGCGGACAUGAUUCGCCCCACUGUAGACGCUCACAAUCUGGCCAUGCCCACUGUGCUGGAGAUUCCCUCUAAGCAGCGAGCAUACGAUGCCUCCAGGGACUCGAUUCUGAAGCGGGCUCAAAGCGUCAUCAGUCCGCCCGAGAGGCACUACUAGUGGCUCAGUUUUGGAAUUCACUUUGGCGAUCGGGGGCGUGUAAUGAAGGAUUUGCAUAGUUUUCAAAUGCAUACCAAAUGCUGGUGCUACAAACUAGUUCGAAUAGUUCUCGAAACACAGAAUCCUACAAACAUAGAUAUAUUCACACAAAUAAUGGAAGAAAAUAAAGCUUAUAUCUACAUGGGGCAACUUUGCACUCGA